GCUAUUAGCUACGCUCAUAAUGAAUCUAUUUGAUAUUUUUAUUUAUUUAUGAUUUUUUUCUUAAUUUUAUAAUAAACUAAUAAAAUUUUCUAUUAUUAAUUUUAUAUUUUUAAAUUAAAAUUAUAAUCUUUACAAUUAACCGAAAAUUUAAAAGAAUUUGAAGUUAUAUUGUAUAAAAAGUUGUAUAUUGUAUAAAAAUUUGUAUAUAUCAAUUGAUAUUGUAUUAUAAGAUUAAUUGACAUUAAUAUAUACAUACAUAUAAUUAUUUAUGAAUAAAUAAUAAAUAAUUUUUCAUUGAUUCAAUAUAUAAAACAGAUUUUUUUAGAAAUACAUAGUUUUUUUUAUAUAUUUAAAUAAGUAAUUAUAUUCAAUUAUUUAUAAUAUUAUUCAUAUUUGUAUAUAUAUUAAAAUUGUAUUUUUAUGUAUAAAUAUUUAAAUGCUUCAGUUUACAAUGAAUAAGUAUCGAUUAAAUCAAUAUAUUUAACUCGAAUAUUUAUAUCGAAUAUAUAUAUAUUCGAUAUCUCGUUUUGAUCAUAGAAAUUCAACUAAUCGAUAUCACUAGAAAAGUACAUAUUCGUGGUUCGUAAUUGUUCAGAAGUUGUGUCAGAAAUUGUGUUACGUUAAGCGAAAGAAUUUUGACAAAGAAAUGUCACGAAAAGCACUUAAAGCAAUAAAUUGGUCUGCUAUAACUGAACGAAUUCCAAGUUCUGAGAAAGCUGCUUUGACAGCUUUUAAAUCUAAAUCUGAUAGAUAUUUACAACGUAUGAUGACUUAUCCAGAAGAUUUACCAAAAAUUGAUUGGACAUAUUAUAAAAAAACUAUUGUCACUCCUGGUUUAGUUGAUAAGUUUUAUAAAGAGUAUGAAGCAAUAUCAGUACCAUAUCCAACAGAUAAAUAUACAGAAGCAAUUGAUGCUGAACAAAAAGAAAUUGCUAAUAAAAUACAAAGUUUCAUUCAAGAAGUAAAUAGUCAAAUUGCAGAAUUACAGCAAAAUUUGGAUCAGAUAAAAAAUAUGAUACCAUUUUCAGAAAUGACAAUGGAAGAUUAUUCUGAUAUACAACCAGAAGGAACUUUAAGACCUGAUAAAGAACCAACAACUUGGCCUCAUACAGAAGAUAGUCAAGAGAAAUUUGGUGAAAAAGAUGAUCCAAAAGAUAAAGAUAAUCAUUAAUUCAAUUAAAUUUUGAAAUGUAUUAUAGUUUUAUUGUAAUAUUCAUUAUAUUUUAUCAUUGAGCUAUUAUACUAUUAAUGUAUUAAAUCAUUAGUAGAAAAAUUUAAUGAAAUUAUAAAUCAUAAGAUAUUAAA